GGGGCCAGAUCUUUAAUUACAUUAAUUAAGGUGCUUUUUGCUACACUACAUACACCUGCAGCGAUCUUCGGCUGCCCUUUGCAGGCAGUCUCACCUAACUAUAGGCCGGGUAUUGUCGAUGUCGUGUUUACUAAUAAUAUCGGGCGGCUCUUGUAGGGCUGGGCGGUCGUUGGUUCUUAUCUUAUCACUAACUUAUCUUAGGCUGAUCAACUUCACUGCGAAAUUCCGGUCGACGCAGAGCAAACCCACCACCUUACUUGUGAUAACUAGUGUCCAUCGUGAACUGCAUAUUGGACGCUGCUCGACCUAUUCAUUCCCCCCUGGCCUUUCCUCCGGCUAGCUAACUUCUUAGUUUACUAACUGCGGUUGAAGCUGCCGAUAGUUAGCCGCUAUGGACGAGUUUGCGCAAACCCGCGGCGUUGACGAUCUGUUUGAUGACGACGUGAUACCCGUUGCAUCGCAGCCUCAGCCAGUCCAUGAGCCAGUCGACGAGCCCGAUACCGCGCCGUAUUCCUCCACACAGCCGAAAGAAGAACCGAUAGAUUCAGCCGGCCCGCCGUCGCAGGUUGAGCAAGCCCUCCAUCCGAAACAGGACGCGGCGCCAUCGCAGCACCGCAAACGAGGUGGCGCCGGUCGAGGAAGAGGAAGAGGAAACGGAUUUUCUCGCAAGCUGAGACCUGAUACACCCAAAACACCUGAGAAAUCUGGCGGUUCCCCCUCGGCGCACCCUGCUGUGACAGAGACUCCCACCCAGGAUCAGCCUCUGAACGGUGAUGCGGACGCCCAAGAAAAGCAGCCAGAGAAAGGACAGUCUGCUGAUGCCUCGAAAGUGGAUAAGAACAUUGGUAGCACUGUAGAUGUGCCCCAGGAGGCAGAGCAAGCCAAAGAGACUGCGUCACCAAGGGUUCCGGCCGUACGAGGUGAUCGGAGUAGAACAGGAGGCAUUAGAAAGCCUAAACUGACCGAGGAAGAAUUAUCCGAACGGAUGGCUGCGGCUAAACUCACUGCUGCCAAAAAGGCUGCUGCUCAUGCACGAGCCGAAGCAGACGAGGCCUCUUUUCAGGAGCGUGAGAAGAUAGCUCUGGCGAAACGGUUGGAGGAGCAGCAAAACCGCCGUGUCAUGCUUAGUGAGAGAGAAAAGAACCGACAGAGGAAGCUGAAUUCACAGACAGGCCGCGAAUGGGACGCAGAGAAAUCGCAGGAUUCCUUCUCUGAACACAGCCGGGGAGGCUCAGCAUAUCGCAGAGGAGCUCACGGAAGUAUAGCAAAUGAUAAACGUGCUACGACACCCCCGACGUCAGCAGGUGACUAUGAUAAUCAGCCCAGCCCACUCUUCGGAGAUCGAGGGCGAGGGCGAGGCAGCCGAGGAGGAAGAGGCCAGGGGAGAAGAGGUGUCGGCAGAGGUCGAGUUCUGGGGGACAGAAAUACCGAAGUCUCCCCUCCCGAGCAGCAAGCAAAGGUUCCUACAUCAGAUGAAUUCCCCGCUCUGCCUGGUUCAGAGAAGCAGGCUGAUACUAAAGGGGAGAGGACCGGCGCAACGGCGUGGGAUAAAGCUCCUGAUAUUCUGUCAAUGAAGGAACCCUCGGGCACUUGGGCUGACCAAGUAGAGAUUAGUGAGGAGCUGGAAAGGGUCACCACAAAGUAG